UUUGUGUAAAGUGGAUUGUGUUUUUCAAGUUACAAAUCAAAGAUGGGGGCAGGAAAGAAAGAGCUGGUAACUUCCAAUCAUGAUUGGUCAAGCACUAGAAAUUUAGGGAAGAGUCACUUAGGCGGUGUGAUAUUUGGCACCAAGAACACGACGAUCAAUGAAUGCCUUUCAAAGCAACUCUUUGGUUUACCAAAUCAGCACUUUGUGUAUGUUGAAAAAAUUGGUCCUGGUUUACCAUUGUUUCUAUUUAACUAUACGGACAGAAAAUUACACGGCAUUUUUGAGGCUGCUAGCCAUGGACAAAAAAAUAUAGAUCCAUAUUCAUGGACUAGUGAUGGCUUGCAGAGAACACCUUAUCCUGCUCAGGUUCAAGUACGAAUACGGUCGCAAUGUCAACCACUAACUGAGAAUCAGUUUAAGCCCAUAAUUGUGGACAAUUACUAUACUCAGAACCAUUUCUGGUUUGAGCUGGAUCAUUCCCAAACAAACAAGCUGUUAUCUUUAUUUUCAUCUCGACCGGUUUCUGAUUCACAAUCUACAUUGACUCCACAUGGUUCGACGAAAUGGAGUAUAUGUCUCCCAUCAGUAUCCAAGUCUGAUGAGAAAGUGGAAAAGGAGCUUGUUCAAUCAAACAGAAAGGGUACAUCAAAUGGUGUUAAGAGUUCAGCCAACAAAGAGAAAGAUAUCUGUAAGAGUUUUAAUGGCAAGAUUGACCAGUCAUUAGAUGAUUCUCUUUGUAUGGUGGGCAAAGAUGAGAAGGAACUUGUAUACACGAAGCUUAAAGAACUGGCUCUAAAUUGUAAGUUCAUGGCCCCACCUGCUGCUAGCCAUGAACACAAUAAUGCUCUUAAGAAUGAGAUGACCAAUGAUUCUUCAAAGGAGGUGGCAAUCCAUGAUGAGAAAAAGGAAGAUGCUCUUGCUAAGUCAUCUGAAGGUCCAAUGAUAGCUAAGUUGAUUGAAAAAGUGGAAGAUCUGAUGGCAUUUAAAACAGAGCAAAAUCACAAGAUUGGUUGCUUGGAAAUGAAGAUAGUUUCUCUGGAGCAGAAUCUGGCUGAAGCAGAAAACGAAAUUAGGAAUCUAAAAUGCCACUGUAUCAUGUUAGAAAGUAUGGUGGUCCCUCCUGAGGAAUCUCAUACUAUAAACGGAAGAAAGUCACCUGAGUUCCAGUUGGAUAAUUUACCAAGUACAAGUGAGUUCCACAUGGAUAGUUCACCCGAAAGAAGUGAUAUCCAUUUAGACUCUGAUGAGUUGAUACUUCUUGUUGGAGGAUAUGAUGGCACAUCGUGGUUCUCGUCACUGGAUAGCUAUUCACCUUCACAAAAUCGGACUAAAUCUCUUAAGCCAAUGAAUGCUGCACGAUGUUAUGCCCCUGUUUCAAUAUUAGAUGGUGAACUUUAUGUAUUUGGUGGUGGAACCGGUGGUGUGUGGUAUGACACAGUUGAAUCAUAUGAUCCUCUUGUGAAUCAAUGGACUACUCGCCCUCCUCUAAAUACAAGAAAGGGAAGCCUAGCCGGUGCUACUGUGAAUGAUAAGAUUUAUGCAGUUGGUGGUGGGAGUGAUAAUGAAUUAUAUUCGGCUGUUGAGAUGUUAGACCUUGACGUCGGAGCCUGGAUUCCAUCACGAUCGAUGCAUGAAAAGCGCUUUUCUUUGGCUGCAGCAGAGCUCAAUGGGGCGCUUUAUGCUGUUGGUGGCUAUGAUGGAAAAAGCUACUCGAAGUCUGCUGAAAGAUUUGAUCCGAGGGAACAUUCUUGGACAAGAAUCAAGAGCAUGAACACAAUGAGGGGUUGCCCUUGUUUGGUACCUCUGAAUGAAAAAUUAUAUGUUUUAGGAGGUUUUGAUGGUAAUUCAAUGCUUGCAACCGUAGAAAUCUAUGAUCCUAGACAAGGGUCAUGGGUGAUUGGAGAGCCAAUGAACUACCCCCGGGGAUUUUCGGCUGCGGCAGUUGUGAAAGAAUCUAUCUACAUCUUUGGUGGGCUUAAAACUGGUGAAGAAAUCAAUGACACUGUUGAAUGCUACAAGGAAGGCCAAGGGUGGGAAAUUACGGACACGAAGGCUGUUGGGCAGAGAUGCUUUUUCUCGGCUAUUGCCUUAUGAAGAAGGAACCAAGUGCCAUCUUACAUUGUGUCAAGGCCAUCAUCAUCGGUUGUACUCGGCAUGAUCAUGUUUUCGAGCUCUGGGUUCUUCAAACUGGAUUGUCUCUUUUCCA